AUGGAAAAACGAUUUAAACACGAAUCCACAACUACUGAAAACUUUAUUCGCCCAACAGUCUCCGACCCCAAACCAUUCUCCCCGGAUGAUGAAUUCCAAUUUUGGGCUUUCUGUGCUCAAACAUACCUGCAACAUGUUCCCCUUGAACACUUUGGACAGUGCAUCCUUCCCGUUUUUAACGACGACGCCGCCCGCCAGCUCCUAGCCUCGGGGACGCCUAUAACGUCUGCUCCUGAUGAGAUCUGGGUGGCUCUUCACGAAUUGUUCUCCAGUCAUGAAUUAGCACCUGUGUUCCUCGAGAAGUUUUUCACGAGGAAGCAACUCCAUGCUGAAUCGAUUGACCAGUACGCAACCGUCCUCCGACAACUGGCAACCAAAGCGUACCCAACGGUGUCUAAGGAGGAGCGCGAUUGCCAGAUCCAGCAGCUCUUUAUUGUGGAAGUCUCCGAAAACAUCAUUAAAGCCAGAUUCCUGGAAAAAGUGCCACGGAGUCUGACAUCGGCACUUCACAAAUCCCGUACUCGAGAGGCACCCACAAAAGCCCUUCGGGAAACGCAUGACAGGAUCGUUACGGUUGUUGUAGCCACUGAGACGAGACAGCCAACGUUCACAAUGAGACCACAAACACGUCCACGGCCACAACCUGGCUGCAGACACUGCCAGAAGUUUGGAGUGCGUGCACAGCACUGUGGCCACAACGCACCUAUAGGGAGACUCGGUGAGUCUGCAUACCAGUCCAUUACUUUGCAUUCCAUUUUGACUGAUUCUAAAAUGUUUGGUUUGCCACUGACUGUACGCGGAAUUGUAGACGGGAUGUACACUGAGACUCUAGUUGAAUCCGGGGCUGCUUGUUCUAUCGUCCACCCAGCGUUAGCGCGACCGUCGUUUUCCGGCGAGGGGCACCUUCGACUGACGGCAACUAACGGGGCACAUCUAGUUUCUACUGGUUACACAACGUGCAAUGUGGUUUUGGGUGCGUUCUCGACGACACACAAAUUUGAAUGCGCAGAAACACCGUGGCGGGUUCUGUCGGGCAUGGAUUUCCUACUCAAACACAAAGCUAUCAUUGAUCUGGACGACGAAUCACUCCAUCUAGACCAAUACAGGCUAGCCCUCGGUCUGACAGUAGCACCACUCGUAAAAGACAAACCUGAAUGGGUUGCGGAGGUGUUGUUGAGCAACGGAAUCGAGCCGUCCGGUAGGGAGAUGAACGGCCGCCCUAAUGACGAGCGUGCUUCAUGUUCAGAGUGGGCGAAGCUGGAGAUCAUUAACGGAGUUCUACAGAUCCGUGAACAAGGCGAUCUACUGCGAAUUGUUGCUCCGCGGGCCAAGGUGCAGCAACUAAUCAAAAGAACCCAUCAUCAACUUGUGCAUCCAGGGCAGUACCGAACGCACGCCGCAAUGGUUCAGCGAUAUUGGUGGCCAGAACUUCGCCAGGACGUCAUUAGAUUUUGCAGCCAAUAUGAGGUAUGUGCCAGGAACAAGGGCUCGAAAAAACCAUCAAUGACACCAUGCAACCAUGCAAUCGAUCGCAAUGGGAGGCCCUAA